GGCUUGCGUUAUUGCGUGAUUCCGCAUCUCUAUUGGCUAUCAUCGAAACCCCACCCUCGAGGCGUUCAACCAAUGGACAUGCAGCAGCCUUCAUUUAAACUGAAUAUAAAAGUCGGCUUGUCAACGCCUCUGGUGGCGCCAGUUUUGAACCGUGCUGCUUGAGUUGUCUGGUUGUUUUUCUGGGUGUCGCCGCGAUUGCAGAACGCGAUGACCGUCCCCUCUGCAGAGGAGUUGGACUCUUUCAAAUACAGCGACCUGCAAAAUUUAGCCAAACGGCUGGGCCUCCGGGCUAACCAGAGGGCAGACAAGUUGUUAAAAGCUUUGAAAGCCCACCUGAAUGCAGAAACAAGGAAAGAAAAUAAAAGUCAGGAUGAGAAUCAGGCUUCUGCAUUCUCCUGUGAUGAAGCUGAGAUACACAUUAACUGUGAGGAGCAAGCUGAGAGGGAACCUGUUGGUCACAUUACCAAAACAAGAAGGAAGCGCAAGAGUGUCCACGGGACUCCUAACUUCCAGGAUCAUUCUGAGAUGAAAAGAAGUGAUCCUACAUUACAGAAUCAAGGAAAACAGGAGAAUCAAGACCUCAGAACUACUACAAAAGUUCCUUCUUUGCCAGACCAGAGCCAAGAAGAAGGAAGUACAGUUUCCUCAGGAAAAAGUGGGGUCGAUGACAAUAAAGAUUCAGAGAGGCCUUUGGAAAAAAGAUCUCUAUGCACGGAUGGGUUUUCCAAACUUGGAAACAAUAAAAGGACUACAACCACUACACCAAACUUUAAGAGGCUUCAUGAGGCUCAUUUUAAGAAAAUGGAAUCCAUUGAUGAAUAUAUUGUGAGAAAAAAGAAACACUUGAACGACCACAACUCACUUAAUGAACUAAAGCAGCCUGAGAAGAAAGGGCUAGUGACCCCAGUUCCAGCAAGAGGAAGACUCUCUGUACCCUGUACUCCUGCCAGGCAGCAGUUCUCACAAGGCCAGUCCCAUGGCCCUGAAAGUCAGGGUCUGAAGGGGUUGGACAAACACUCUGUGCUUUCAGCAACUAAAAUGAAUGUCAGGUUUUCAGCCACUACUAAAGAUAAUGAACAUAAGUGCUCAUUGACCAAGACUCCAGCCAGGAAGUCUCCACAUGUGUCCCUACCUGGGAGUGCUUACAAAGGCCAGGCUGUGCUCAGGACACCCAAGUUAAUGACCACUGAGAGGUCUUUUUUAAAGACCACUCCUGCAGUUAUUACCCCAUUCAAGUUAACAACUGAAGCAACACAGACUCCAGGCUCUAGUAAGAAACCAUUAUUUGAUCUAAAGGCAAGCUUGUCUCGUCCCCUCAACUACAAGCCACACAAAGGAAAGCUGAAACCUUGGGGGCAAUCUAAAGAGAAUGGCUCUCUGAAGGAGGGUGAAAACAGAGUUAGCAUACAUAAGAAAACUUAUAAACAGCCUCAUCUCCGUACCAGGGAAGAACAACGGAAGAAACAUGAGCAAGAACGAAAGGAGAGGAAGGCAAAGGUUUUGGAAGCUCGGAGAAACCUGGUUUUGCCUAAAGCCCACUAAUCCUGUCGAUUGCUCUAUUUCAACUUGUUUUCCUUUUGUAAAUGUGUUUAUACUCUCCUGUACUUUAGUCAGAAGCUCUUUUUCUACCAUAGCUUGUGGAGUGCCUGUUCUUCGUGUGCUAUAACUCUGAAAUCACAUUCUCACCUUAAAGUUCAUAACCACAGUGUUCUUCACCUGAUGUCCUGUACCACUCUGCUUUUCAAGACAUCUGUCCUUGGGUUCUCGCCAUAGGUUUUUUUCAUGUCAAGGUCUUGCUAGUUCUAACAGAGACAACCUGUUGUUUCCUGGACAAGAGCGUUUCCAACAAGCCACAGCAGGAGCUUAACAUGAGACUGUGGGUGAGAUAAAGCCCACAGGGAGAGGGAGGAGACCACUCCUUUGUUCACUAGUCUGGAAAGUCUAUAAUAAUCUAUUGAUUUGUUAUGGAUCCAUAUCUAAUCAAGGUAAAACAUGUUUUAGUUUAUAGGAGCCUUGUUCAAAUCAUUUCAUGUAAUUGCCAACUGUCACUCAUUAUAUUUUUAAAAUAGAAUUCCUCAGUGCUUUCUGAUUGUUAAAUAAAAGCCACAGGGCAGGGUGUAUGCCUCAGCUGAACAGCUUUGUCCACCACCCACUUGACCCUGGAUUUGAUACCUGGUAUCAUCACAAACAAAAUGAGAAUUACUAAUGUACAAGUUACCACCACUGUCAGACUAAGCUCUAAGGAAGAGGAGAGCAGCUAAACAUAGCUUUUAGUUCUUUGCUCUGCCAUGUAGAGAUUCUGAGUUCUGUGUAAUGCUUAUGAUUUUCAUAAAUAAAAUAUUGUUUCACUU